CGCACUAACGCACUCCGCCAGACCCGGUAUAGCAUCACUCCGAGUCGUGAGCGUUCUGCAGUGUGCUCCAGCUUUUGGACCGAGCAGUAUACGCACCGCCAGAAAACUACCACAAAUCUUGAUCCACCAUGGCUGAUGUUGUGAGAGCCGUUAGAUCUGGAGACCUUGAGCUUAUGAAGAAGGCUAUGUCUAAACCGGGUUUCUGUGUGAAUGCACCGGCAUCAGGGGGCCGUACGCCCUUGCAUCACGCUGUGGACUGCGGGAAGAUCGACGUAUGCCAGGCUCUCGUGCAGCGUGGUGCCGAUGUUGAUCUGGAGGACCAAGGGGAGUGCACACCUGUGUAUAUCGCUCUUCUGAAGAACAACAAGAGAAUGGUGGAAUGGUUACUGGAACAGGGGGCUGACCCAAAAGGCAAGUCCCCCGACGGUGAUAAGUACGCCGACUGCACAGAGGACGAGGGCAUGAAGGAGCUCUUCAAAAAGAAGUGGAACUAACUUCCCUCUCGAGUACCGACAAGCCGAUGUGCAGUAGUACCUGUUAGUACAAACCAAAAUUGGCUAAAAAAAGGGUUUAGGAGAUCGCAUAAUUAUACCUUAUAUAUCAGGCGUUGAUUUCAAAAGCACCACCUACAAUAAAAGUAUUUUCUCACGCAUGUAUUUGUAUGUGUUCUUUGCAUUGAGUUGAAAAGAGGGCAGAGGCCGUGGACGUACACUUUCGAGUAUUAAAAAGAUUGUUUUGUUUUCCAGAUGGCUCGACAUACUUAGAAAAAUGCCCGCGAAAUUAUCUUAAGAAUUGUUUGAUUCACGCAAAAUAAAAAAAAAAUAAAAAAAAAACCGCUACUGAUAUCGUCCAGACUUCGCUCGGUGGGCCCUAUAUACAUAUAAAAUGGCAUUUCAAAACCUCGUAACUUCCUGCAAUAACGGAUAAUGGAACAUUGCCAGGCCAAAAGCGUUGAAGAAAGCAAACAGAAGCGGUUCAAAGUCGGGAAAGGAUGGGGCCAGACGGCGGUUUACCUGGUCGUUGGGACGCGCGAAGUGCGGUCACUUGAUGAGGUUUGUCGGCGAUUCCGGAGGUUUCGAAUACCAGCGGUGCUACCCGCUGUACACGUAGUGUGACCUCGGGGGUGUUGAGUAAGCGACUUGCUCCACUUAUCAUCAGUGGACGUUUAGCUUUCAUUUGGUCAACACUAGCCUUAAACUGCGAAAAAUGGACAUAGUCAACGCCAUCAAAGCCGGCAAUGUAGAGGAGGUCCAAAAGCGACUAUCUAUGCCGGGCCGGUGUAGUGUGAAUGCUCCCAUUAGUUCUGGCCGUUGCCCUCUUCAUCACGCCAUUGCAGCCAAUAUGCGACCUAUUGUAGAAUGGCUGGUCGAAAAGAAGUGCGCCGAUCCUAAUUUGGAAGAUGAGGACGACACCACUCCACUUAUGAUCGCAAUUUCCAAGAACAACCACAUGAUGGUGAAAUAUCUCAUCGAUCAUGGAGCUGAUGUGAACAAAAGAGAUGCUGACAAUAGAAGCUAUGCCGAUCACACAGACAACCUGGAAAUUCUGAAGCUGCUAAAAGGAAAAGAUUCACACAUUAAUGGACUCAACUCCAGCUAAUAAUGCAGAGGAGUCCAAGGCUAAAAAUCAUCAGAAAGGUUCACACACCUGGACUUAGCUUCUGUGAGUAAAGCCAGAAAGAUUCACAACUCAGUGGUCUUAGCUUUAGCUAGUAUACAAACGAAAGUGUAGAUUCAUGCUAUCGAAAACACUAUAAAAAGCAUAGGAUAUAAAAGGAAAUUGAAGUGACAGCACAUGUUGGCUAAGCACAGUGCAACCAACACCUUUUGUACCAUAACAAAGUUGUUCAGAUUGUUUUUACUAUGCUGGGUGAAAUUCACAAAAAUAGUAUUGGGCCCCCUGGGGGGGACUCUGAUAUCAAACAGACGGGGAUCAUUGUCAGGAUUUUUUUAAACAACCUUAAAAGGAACUAAAGUAGGCGUGGUUAGGUAUGAAUUUUGCCCCUAAAAGAUACCUCAAACAAAAGUCAAUAAUUUGUAAUACAAACGUUUAAUUAAAACUGACUCUAGUGAUCUAAAAACACCGAAUGACACAGUCAUUUCAAGGCUCUUUCAUAAGCUACAAGUUAGACAAGGGAAGGCUAUAAUAGCACCCUAAAAGAUACUGAGGUAAAAAAAAUCUGGGCAUUCUCAUUUUCACCCCUAAAAGAUACCCAAGGUUCCAAAUUUACACCCUAGAAGAUACAACGAUGAUCCCCAUCCAAUGGAUUUAGGAAGUACCCCCCCCCCCCCCGCAUUGAGCCUUCUUUUAAGGAGACUGGCCUUUAUAAUGUAGUGUCUUAUCAGAAGAGAGGAGUUCUGCUAUAUAGUAGAGUGUCAUUUCUGUAGGGAAAACCAGUGUUCUCUCUCUUCCUAAGAAUUAAUGUUUCAGGGUGCUUAGGGUUCAUCAUGUCACACUGCAGAACGGAAAAAAUUUAGGCAUAAUACAUGAUGUGUCAGAACUUGUUUUAAGUCAUUGUUUCACCAGAGAGCACUCUGGCACCUGAACUUUAUAAAUGGCGAAUAAUAAAAUUAUUUUUGUUUUUAGACUUGCUAAAAA